CUCUCUCUCUCUCUCUUCUCUUCUCUCUCCCCCCCCCCCCUCCCUCCUGCUUCUGCUCCAGGUCCCUCGCCGGUCCCUCUCUUCCGUAUUAGUUUCCAAAAGGCAUAUUUAAUGCUGCCAGAGAGCGCACUGUGAGGCAGCAGAGAAAGCGAGGGCGAACGGAUUGCUAUCUUUGUGACAGCUUUUCUGCUUGGCAGGCAGCACGUGAGCCGGGGAACUGGACUGGACUGUGAUGUUCCGAGGAGGUGGGAGAGGAGGUGGGGAAGAAGGAGUGAGCGCAGAGGGGAAAGCUGGACAGAUGGAGGACGGCACCCAACACCUGGGACACUGCGUAGUUGACAUGAAGGAGCUGAGCGCCAACCCUGAAGGACUGACCGCUGCCGGCAUUAUUCUAGCACCGAAGUUGCCUCAGGUGGAGUUCAGCCUCGCAUGUAAUGAUCUGGUGGCCUCAGGCAGAGACAGGAAGCCCAGUGCUUUCAUCCAGGUGGCUGUCAUAGAUCCCCACAAGCAGGACCUCGUCUCUCACGCCUGCACAGAGAUUGUGGAGGCGAACAAAGAUCCGCUGUUUCUGACGGGUGUGACCUUUCCUUCAGAGUUUCCUGCGAGCCCAGAGACAUUAGUAAAGCUAACUGUGUAUGAUGCAAAGGACAAGAGCCAGGAAUCAGGCAGCUUCCUGGGUAGUGCUACAUUUUCAGUAGGCGAUCUGCUGAGAGCUAAAGAUGAACGACUGACCUUGAGUCUCAGGUCAUCUGAUGGUGUGUGUACAGCAGGAUCAGUGGUGGUGAGUCGUCUGAAGAUGGGGGAGAUGGAGGAGGUUGAUGUAGACCACAUCACCACUGACUCAUCAACACAGAAGUGUCCCUUGGUUUGUGAGUCUGCGUCCCACACCUGCAUCGACAGAGAAAAUAAUCCACUGACAGGACCUGUGUUCAAGAACCCAGUAUGCAAAGUGUACAGAUUUCAGACAGUGGACAGCAAGUGGAUGCUGGUGAGGGAACAAAUGGAGGAAUGCACUUUGUCGUUCAGCAUCCCCAAACAGCUGCUCUCACUGUACAUUCAGGAGGACAUGAUGAGGGUGCAGGAUUUGAGGGAGCUGGGGGAGCUUUCUCCUCACUGGGACAACUUGAGGAAGGAGGUGAUGACACGUUAUGGAGGAAUCAUCAGCUGCUACCAGGAGACUUUGGCUGAGCUGGACAAGAUUACCGGCUGUUCAUUCAAGCCAAGCUGUUGCAAAGCCCAGAAGUCACUGGAGUUCAUCCCAAUAAACCUGCACACCCAGAGAAUGAGAGUGACGUGCCCCAGAAAAACAGAUGCAAUUUAUGACAUUGUCACUGUUGGUGCCCCUGCUGCCCACUUCCAAGGCUUCAAGUGUGGUGGUCUACAACGCCUUCUCAGCAGAUAUGAAGCAGAGAAAAAGAGCUUCAGCACUGCCUACCAGUGUAUCUACUACUCCCCAGAGCACACAGCCAAAGCUCAGGAGGUACUCAGCACCAUGAGUCUCCUUCAGCCCCUCAUCACAAGCUUAGCCGACCAGCUCCUCCAGGCUGCCCAGGAGCACUCCUCCCCAGGACUAAGAGAUGCACUGAAGAACCUCUCAGACAAGACAGAACAAUUUGUUCACACACUUAAGGAUGAAUUGGUCAAGAGUGCACUACUAGCACUGCACGCAGCUCGGCCCGGGUAUGUUUCCAAGAACCAAAAGCAAAACCCUGCGCAGGGAGGCCAGCAUCAAGGCCACAUCCACCAAGGCAGUGACCACAAUCAGAGUCCAGCCCAGGGACGUCCAGGCCACAGUCCAGCCACGGCGGUCACUGACAGCCCAGUGGUGUGUAAUAAUGUGGAAGGGUCUCAAACCACAACAGCAGGAGAAGGUGGAUCUCUGCCACUGAAGCACCAAGACUCCAUACCGCACCAUAAAGAGUACGACGAGGAGGAAUGGGACAGGGUAUGGGCCAACGUGGCCAAAUGUCUCAACUGUGUUAUCGCCAUGGUGGAUAAACUCCAUGAAGAAGACAACAGCAAGCAGGAGCCAGUGCCUGAGCAGCAGCUAGCUGAUGUCAUCACGUCACACAAUCCUGGCGACUGGAGGGAGCAGCUGUGCCCGGUGGUGACCAGGUUAAAGGAGUGUGUGAUGGAGGUGGUGGAGAAAGCAAAGAGAGCCAUGACCUUUGUGCUUCUGCAGGAAGCAGCCUGCAGCGUUCCACAGGGUUUCCUCCUCCAACAGAGGAGAGACGUGGUCUUCAGUCAGGCACUGGCAGCCUUAGCCUGUGGUUUUGUCAUGAGGCUGUACGCAGGAAUACAAGACAAAGGCUUCCUGAGGCAGCUCCACCUGGUUGGCCUGGUGGCCCAGUUUGAGAGCCUGCUUAGCACCUACAGUGAGGAGAUUGGAAUGCUGGAGGACAUGGAGGUUGGAAUCUCAGACCUACAGAAGGUCAUGUUCAAGAUCACAGAAGCCAAGUCUGAUGAACUCAGUGACCUGCAGCCUCUAGUGUGUGGCCAACGAGACCACUUUGCUGUAGAAGUGCCAUUACCACGACUGGUUUUCCAGACCCUGCCAGAAGAGAUCAAGGAGGGCAAGCCUCUACAAGUAUUCCCGGUGCUUUUUAAUGUGGGCAUCAAUGAGCAGCAAACUAUAGCAGAGAGAUUUGGAGAUAUCUCCCUGCAAGAGAGAAUAAACCAGAAGAACUUUGAGAUGUUAGAAGCCUAUUAUAAGACAUUAAGUGAAAAGUUGCCGCUAGAAUGUCUACCGUGUUUUCAGACACAGACUGAUAUAAAGGAAUUACUUGAAACCCUGGGCCAGAAUGUAGUCACAAAGAAGAGGAAGAAUGUGGAGAUACUAUGGAUUGCUGGAACGAUCUGCCGAAGGUUGAAUGGCAUCAGGUUCACCAGCUGUAAAAGUGCCAAAGACCGGACAUCUAUGUCUGUCACAUUAGAGCAGUGUGCCCUCCUACGAGAUGAACACCAGCUCAGCAAGGAUUUCUUCACCCCAGCUCUGAAUUGUAUGCGAAGAGAAGGAUGUCGGAUUGAAAACGUUCAAAAGAAUAUCAGGUGCAGGAAAUAUGCCUUCAACAUGUUGCAGCUGAUGGCCUUUCCCAAAUUCUACCGACCUCCAGAGGGAACGUACGGCAAAGUGGACUCCUGAGGAAGCAAGCCACGAACUGUAAAAGUAGUCAUUUUGUGUAAUCUAUGUAUUAAAUCUCAAAGAAAUGUAAAUGGAUUUGUUCUGUGUGUGUUUUUGCUCAUUGCUGGAUUUGUUACAUGUAAAAUAAUUAAAGCACUUUUCCAUUUUUGCCUUGUUCAUCAACUGAGCAGUGCUGAACAACACUUUACCUUUAAAUCGUUGUCCAUCAUUUCUGUGCAUCUGUAUAUUAUGUUGACAUUUUUAGGACAUUUCAACAUGAUUUUGUGCAUGAAAACGUGUCCUCCCACUCAAAGAAAUGAGCGCAUACAGUAUAUUGUGUGACAAAACAGGUCCCUUUGCUUGUUUUUUUCUGAGCUGUAUGUGUUUUGGAGGUGAUGGUACAUGAACCACCUUCAUUCACCUCAGACGACCAUGAAACUGGGUUCCCAAAGGUCUCGUAAAUGGACCGUAAAGUUUAGACUAUUUUGUUACUUUUCCUGUACAAAAGUCAUUUUUAGGGCGAAAAUACAAGGAAAUUAAUAUGUUCAAAGAAGAUGUGUACUUGUGUUUUUUGUUUCAUUUUUAUUCCUCAGGGUAUGAAGUGUCGGAUGAGGAUGUCACACCAUCGUAUCUUAAUGCUCUAAAGCAAAUUCUAUUAUUUAUUUUUGUAUCCUAAAACACAUAUAUUUUAUAAGGGAUGAUGCAUUAAACUUUGAUACAUGUUUUAAGUGUAUUUGUUUUAUAUACUGGACUUCUACACAUUUAAAAUAAAAAUGCUGUGCGAUAAAUGA